AUGAACGUUUUGGGUACAUCUUGGUUCAGACAGUUGUCGGCCAUCAGCCCCAGAUCUGGUGUGUCCAUCAUGAGGACUUUCAGUACUACUUUGCCAGUGCAGGCUCGCAACAAAAAUGACAAAUUCUACAAGAUCUUGAAAUACGUCAAGCCUAUAGACACCACUGUGUACGAAGCUGGCCAGGAGCUUCCGGAAGGAGUGAAGAUACCUACUACUAGACCUCAAUUCCCCCAAUACAGGUAUGAGGCCAUGUUUUUCAAGAGGCAAAAUAGAGGUUUGUUUGGUGGUGUACAGCGUAAGAGAUCCAAGACCUGUUCCGAGAGUGGAAACAAGGGUUUGAGAGUACACUUGCCUAACAUCCAGAAGACCAAAUUGUGGUCAGAAACAUUGCAAAAGUCCAUCCCCAUAAAAGUCAGCACUAAGGUGUUGAAAACAAUCACCAAAGAGGGAGGUUUGGAUAACUACUUAACCAAGAACAAGCCAUCCAGAGAAAAGACCUUGGGCUUGAAAGGAUGGCAGUUGAGAUACCAAGUGUUGAAACAACGCGAACUCAACGAAUUGCCUGCUAUCAAGGAUGAGGAGGACAAGAUCCGACAAGUAUUUUACAUCCAUGAAGACGGCAAGAGAUUUGUAGUGGGCAAGAAUAAGUUGUUGAAGGAAUUGUAUCCAUUUGUUAGAAGGGACAGCUACACCCAUGUAAGUCAUGCUGACUUUACUAGAACCCACAACUACUUAAGCAUUGCCGAAGUGGUCAAGAAGUUGGAACAAUAUCCCUUCGAUUUCUCCAAGGUCACCAUAUAA